GAAAUCCAGGCAUGAUAUAACCCGAUGCACUUUGCCAAAGCACAGCCCCAACACCACUAGAGGGAUAUCAACAGAACACCAACUUAGUACGCUGAGAGAAGGCUGAGUGUAGCACAUGAAGAUCUCCUCCACCACACAAGCCCGAGAGGGCGCAAAACCGCUGAUGUGUGGGAGCCUGAGGAGCCAGUUGAGGCGCGGGAGCCUGGUGAGCCGGCUAAAGUAUUGAAAUACCAACUGUAUUUUCUUUUCUUUGUCAGGUUGUGCUGAGAAUGUUCCAAAGCCAAGCAACUAUCCUGCACCAUUCCCAAAGGUUGUGGGAUCAAUAACCAUAGGACAACCACACGCUCACCAAACAUAAUUUGCUAGCUGGGAUAAUGCCAGACUGACUUUAACUAGCUGCAGCUGUUCACUCUCCAGGAAACUCCAGGGAGACUGAGCCCAUGGAGGUGGGCACGACGCAUCUCACCCAGAGGAAUGUCAAUGCCGCCGUCAACAGGGUCUCUGCUCCUACUGCGGGGAGUCGGACAAUCCCAGGAACACCUGUCCCAGAAGGAGAACCAGGAAGCAACAGGCCGAGGAGCGCUCCUGCACCUUCCCAGCUUUUAGUCAAGCACAUCGCUGUCCCCUGCCUGACAUCCUGUGUGUGUAAGUCAGUGGGCCAGAUGUCCUUUCCCACCCCGUUGUACUCCCAUGCGGGCCGCGGGCCUUUCACUGACGUGUACGAGCCAGCCGAGGACUCCUUCCUCUUGAUAGAUGCCCUUGAGCAGGAUGCUGACAGACUGAAGAAAAUUAGCCCCUCUGUGUGUCUAGAGGUGGGCAGUGGCUCUGGGGUGGUGUCCGCCUUUCUGGCAUCCGUGAUCGGACCUACAGCUCUAUACCUCUGUACCGACGUGAACCCCGCAGCAGCCCAAUGCACUCUGGAGACGUCUCGCUGUAACGCCGUUAGUCUGCAGCCUAUCAUCACUGACUUGGUGGACUCUCUCUUGCCAAGGUUGUGUGAAAAAGUGGACGUUCUUUUAUUCAACCCUCCUUAUGUCAUCACACCAUCAGAAGAGGUGGGUAGCCAUGGCAUCGAGGCAGCCUGGGCUGGUGGGAGGUGGGGCCGAGAGGUGAUGGACAGGUUCUUCCCGCUGCUUCCAAAGCUACUGUCCAAUCAGGGGUUGUUUUACCUGGUCACUGUGGCAGAGAACAAUCCAGAGGAGAUCACCAUUCUGCUGAGGAAGUUUGGCCUGCAGGGAGCGCCUUGUCUGUCCCGACGAACUGGUCCAGAGAGCCUGUCUGUUCUGCGCUUCCACAGAACAACGUGAUCCUCCCUGUCCCACAGAGGAGACCAUGAACCUGCUGCUCCGACCACAGCGGUUUCAGCUUCAUCUCAACAACCAUGAGUGAUCACCUGAACUUUAACAUAAAUUGAGUGAAAGCCACCGUGGGUUCAUGGGAGCAUUGGUCAAAUAAGUGACCAUGUCUCAAGACUUUAACCCAAUGCACUAUACAAAGGCUAACAGGUUGUCCAUGCUAAUGAGUGUUCAAGUCUCCUUGAACCGGUUUGUAUUGGGAGAGGAUCCAGUCAGUGUCAGUAUUGAAGACAUGAUGUACAGGUAGAAUUGACAUGCAGACUAGACCGGGCACGCGCAUGUUGAUUUUAUUCAUCCACACCAGACCCCAUAAGGAGACGCAGGUUAAAAAUAUCUAAACGAACUCUGAACCAACUAUAUUAAUUUGGGGACAGGUCGAAACAUUCAUGGACAUUUAGCUACCUUGCUAUUGCUAGCUGAUUUGUCCUGGGAUGAAAUUAAACAUUGGGUUGUUAUUUUA